UCUCAAUUGAGUUCCAAUGGGGUCGCUGUGUCCAUUUCUUUUACUGUCUAUGGUCUCUGUUCUUUUACUGUCUAUGGCUCUGUUCUCAGCUUACGUUGUUAGCGUACCGCCCGCUGUUCUUCUUUCAGCAGGAUUGGCAGAAGCAGUGACGUCAUGGCCUCGCGCAGGAUCACACAGGAGACCUUCGAUGCAGUGGUCAGAGAAAACCUCGAGGAGUUUGACCUGGACGAGAGCGAAGCUCUGAAGGAGGCCAUCGAGCAGUUUGAGUCUCAGGGUGUGGAUCUCAGCUAUAUUGUUAAAGUAGUUCCCAAAGUUUGUUCUGAAGAAAACGCCGAGAAUCAAACCCACGAGGUUCUUCAGGUUUUAGAGUCUCUCAAAAGCGCAUCGUCUGCAUCAGUUCUGGAGGAUCUGAGGGUCUUCACCCAGCAGUGCUCUCUCGGCUUCGCACAGCGAUUCCUGGCCGCUCAAAAAGAGGCGUAUCCCACGAUCCUCGCCUGCUGCCAGAGAGCCGCUGGAGAGAAGGAAGCCCUCUCCGUGGCUCUGGCCGCGCUCUCGGCGCUAACCGACGGCCAGCCGGAUCUCCUGGACGCGGAAGGACGAGAGUUUAUGAUCGGAGUUUUAACCGCGCACCAGAAAGACGCCGCUCUCAGCUGUCUGUGUUUCCGCCUCGUGAGAAACUUCUGUGUGAAGCACGAGAACAACCGGCAGAAUCUGGUGAAGGCAGGCGUGCUCCCGCUGCUCACCGCCAGCAUCACACGACACAUCCAGCACCCCGAGGUCGUGAGGGAGGCCUGUGUCGCGCUGAGGGUCAUGACCUUUGACGACGACGUGCGUGUGGCCUUCGGAAGCGCUCAUGAACACGCCAGGAUGAUCGUGCAGGAGCACAACGGACUCAAAGUGAUCGUUGAAGCUGCGAAAGCUCACCCAGAGAACCCGUCAGUGCUCAGUGAACUCUGUGGGACUCUGUCCCGUCUGGCCGUGAGAGACGAGUUCUGUCAGGACAUCGUAGACCUGGGGGGCCUGAGGUUCAUGAUCACGCUCCUGGCCGACAGUCUGGACCGUCCGGAGCUUGUGAAGCAGGUGCUCCGCGCACUGAAGGCCAUCGCUGGAAACGAUGAUGUCAAAGAUGCCAUUGUGAAUGGCGGUGGGGCGGAGCUAAUCGUCAUGGCGAUGAACCGUCACAUGACCAAUGCACAGGUGUGUGAGCAGGGAUGUGCAGCGCUCUGUGUUCUCGCUCUACGCAAACCCAACAACUGUAAAGCCAUCGUGGAGUGCGGCGGAGCGCUGGCGUCCGUGCAGGCCAUGAAGAAUCACCCGGAUAAAGUCAAUGUGCAGACACAGUCGUGCAUGCUGCUGAGGAACCUGGUGGCCCACACGCGUGACUUCAGUCCACUCAUCCUGGACAUGGGAGCCGAGGCGCUGAUCUUACAGGCUCUGGCGGCUCACAGGGACUGCGCUGAUGUGGGUCGAGCCGCUCUCAGAGACCUCGGCUGUCAGGUGGAGCUGAGAGAGCUCUGGACGGGCAAGAAGGGAAGCCUGAGUCACUGAUGAACGCCAUCACGAUCACAUCCGAGGACGUCGUGGGAUAACUGUGGAGCUCUUACUAAAGCGUCCACAUGCACAGAUUACAGUGUAGAUGUUUUUUAGUUUGUACGAGGGUUUUUAUCGUCCAGGAAUGACCACUUGUGCUUCGGAUUCUGCUGACUGUGAGAAUCAAGUGUGAUUGAUUCAGAGCUGUGUUGCUGAAUUUAACUCUUAAUAUGUUUAAUUCAAAAACCAUCAUCCCGUCUGCAAAAUGUGUGCAUUUCAUGCUUGUUUUUGACAUUUCAAAGUGUUUUAUUAUUACGCCGAACACUCUUUCAUGCACUGAAUAUGAGUCCCAAGUGUUUUCUCAAUCAUAAGCUCUGAAUAAACCCGCUCUGUACUGGAA